CGCAUAUCUUUUAGUAGGCUUCUGGUGGACUUUAGCACAUGUCUUUUGUUCUGUCCUCCAUGAGAGCCUCUCUGGAGCAGGCGAUUCGACCUGGUGUCGAGGACAAGAACCUUCUAUCUAACUGAGUCAUUAGAGAGAAAUCUCUGCGCCAACGAGAUGGAAAUCGGCGAGGCAACCCAAUUUCUCGAGUCACUGGUUGGUAAAACAUUACGAGUGGCGAUUCCAGACGGUGACUGAGUCAGCAAUGAGGUAUACAACCCAAGCUGACAUAGUUGCAGGACGACUAUUCACCGGCACAUUCCGCUGCACAGACGGGGACAGUAACAUGAUCUUGUCCAACGCCUUUGAAUAUCGAAUGCCCUCUCAGGCCGCCGAAGAAGCAGCAAUCCAGCAGGCCAUGGCCACUGGACAAACAGCCCGAGCAGACAUGACAUCAAGGUUUGUCGGGCUGAUUGUGGUUCCUGGCAAACAGAUCACUAAAGUAGAGGUGGAGGAGAGAAGAGAUGGUCCGGGGGUGUCUCACGGACUCAGUAUCCGAACACGAUGAUGGGUGCACGGGUAUUGUAAUCAAUGGAACCUGCUUUUUUCAAGCAUAUUGUUGCCUAGCCACGGCUUGCACAUAAGAUGCAUUCUGGCGGAUAGACUGACAGCCCUUGGAUCUGGCCUCUUCGACUAUUGGAAGCAUAUCCAGGUUGGUGCAGCCCCAUGGUGUAACUUAUCAGUGGAAGUAUAGAUGUACGUACGGAGUAUGGUUAUCUUUAGCGCCAAGGCUCACGCGUCCAAUCGCCUCGCAAACCUCCUUGGAGCAGAUGGGUGCAAGGGCAA